AUGGAACCACUACGUAAUGAAGGCACAGACUUGCCGUUAUCAUUUAAUACCACUGUGGAAGACAUACUUAAAUAUCAGAAAUCCCAAAUACAAACAUUUCUGCGAGUAAAUCACAUAAAAGUGAGUGGCAACAAGCUGGAACUCGCCCAACGUGUAGUGAAGGCAAUAAAAGAUCGUUCGUGCACUACGCCCAGUCAAAUACCCACACAUCAGUCGUGUCAAACUUCAGAUGUACCUGUACCAGAUAUAAAGGACCUGCAUUCAGGUUGGGCAGGUAAAUCGGACAUGUUUCCCAAAAUUAAAAUUCAAGAUGUGGAGAAUUAUUUGAUUCACAGUAACCACAGGACUGUCGAUGCCAAAAAAAUGCAGUGCUAUAGGCAAUAUAUUAGAGGAUUAAAUUUUUUCAAAGAGGGCUACAUACAUAAGAUUAUGAUGAAUGAGAUAAGUCCUGGCAGCGAGUAUUGCUAUAUACGAUCAAAAUGUUAUCCUUCAAUGAAGCAGGGUGUGUAUGAGCAGUGGAUCCUAAUGACAAAGAAAACCCCUUUUCACGUCCAGAAAGCAAGCUGCACGUGCCCAGCAGGCCUUGGUGAAGGAUGUACCCAUGUUGCCGGACUGUUGUUUGCCCUGGAAGGCCGCCCUGUGGCAGUCGAUGAUGUUCCAUGCACUUCAAAGCCUUGCGAGUGGAAUCGACCCAGCAAAAGAAAGAAAGAUACUAAACCUGUGCAAGACAUGAGUUUCAAGAAGAUCAAAUUAUCUGGAGAAAAUGUAAAGAAAAAAAAGACGGUGAAUUAUAAAGUAGAUAGUAUAAAAUUUAGAAACUCAUUGUGUGCAAAACUUGGAAAUAACUCACGUGCUGCUAUUUUUUACAUUCUUCCCCCAUGUGCUAAUAACAAUAUUGAUGUACAGAGUGACCUCAAUAUUGCUCAUUUUGAAGAAGUAGAGACUAGUGACCACAUUCUUCACCUUUCUGACAAAUACAUUGCUUUACAAAAAACUGUUCAAGAUGAAAAUAUGUCUCAAUCUGACUUUCUUACUUUUAUAUCAACAUGCAGUCAAGAAAUAGUUGAUGAAAUUGAAGUUCGAACUAAAGGGCAACAUAACAAUCCUUUGUGGGUUUCAGCUCGAGUGCAAGCCCUGAUGGUUUAG